AUGCCCGUACUCAAACCCAACACAGAAUUCGGGCAUUGCGUGCCCCCGGAGACGCAGUAUGGAAUCACCACAUACGCACCAGGAUGGGAAAACGCCAUCAAGUUCAGGGAAGGCGACCGAGCCAUAAUGGCUCGUGUGGUGCACAUAUAUCCGAGAUUUGGGCCUUUUGGACCCGUUUCCAAGACAUUCAUGGCCAUAUGUGCUGAGAUCAAAACCCCUGAGGGCCAUGGCGCGCUCUUCUUCACCUCCCCGAUCUCCUUCGCCACCGUCCGGGCCCACGCCCUCCACCCCCACCGAAAGCAGCAAGUCCUGGCCGACGAGGAUCUGGGCUACCGGUGCGUGGAACUCGGCGGCGUGCGGCUCUACCUCGUCACCUACCCGAUGCCCAAGACGCCCGGCGUCAUCGGCGCCUGGCAGAACCCCGGCAUCGGCGUCUCUAUCCGUCUGGCCGAGAAGCUACUGGCGGAUAUUGACUCGCUGAGAGAGGUCGAGUUCGGCGGCGUGGUAGACUCGCCACCGCCGACAGAGUACCUCCCCGAGGGAGAGGCGCACGGCAAGCUGAGAGAACGCAUCAGGGGACUCCUGCACAGGGCCGCCAUCGACCCGGACGAGGUGAAAGUCGAGCCCGGGGACGUCUUUUUGUAUCCCACAGGUAUGGCCGCCAUCUUUGCCACCCACAGAACUCUGCUCGAGUACCGCCCCGGCAGCGUCGUCAUCCUCGGCAUCGCCUUCCACAGUACCGUGCACUACCUCCAAGAUGCCUCGCCGCAUGGCUACAAGCACUUUGGCCCCGUCGACGCAAAGGGCGUGGGCGAGUUCGAGUCUUGGCUCGACACGGAAACGGCAUCGGGGAGAGAUGUGAGCUAUGUGAUUGCCGAGUUCCCCAGUAACCCUCUGCUGGCUAGUAUUGAUAUUCGCCGUAUUAGAAAGCUUUCCCAAAAGCACAAGUUUGUUCUCGUGCUCGAUGAUACAGUCGGUUCCUUCAGCAACAUCGACGUCCUGCCCGGAUCCGACAUUCUCGUCUCCUCGCUGACAAAGUCCUUCUCGGGCUACGCAAACGUCAUGGGCGGCAGCAUCGUCCUCAAUCCGCUCUCACCACACUACCCUGCCCUCUCACUCCUUUGGUCAAAAACGCACCACAACGAGCUCUUCCUCGGCGACGCCGAGGUGCUCCUCUCCAACUCGGAAGACUACCUCCCGCGUACCGCGAUCCUGAACCGCAACGCCGCGGCCAUGGCCGCUCACCUCCACGCGGAAGCCGAGAAGAAUCAGAACAACCCUUUUUCGUCGUCGUCGUCGUCGUCGUCGUCACCAGUCGUAAAAGUCCUCUACCCGUCCGUCCUCCCAGACUAUGAAACUUACAAAUCCUUCCUCCGCAAACCUACCCCGGAGCUCCCCGACCCAGGAGCGGGGUGCCUCCUGAGCGUCGAUUUCGACUCCGUGGACGCCGCGCGCGCAUUCUAUGACCGCUUGGCCUUUUACCCGGGCCCCCACCUCGGCGCGCACCGCACGCUCUGCCUGGCCUACAACACGCUCGCCUUAGGCAAAGACCCCAGCGAGGCGGCGUUCCAUCGGUCGUAUGGGAUCUUGGAGGAGACGGUGCGCAUCUCUGCCGGGCUGGAGGAUGUGCAGGACCUCUUGGACACGUUGGAUGAUGCGUUGGCUGUCGCGAAGGAGGCCAAGACGAAAUUGGACGAGGUCUCUAGGACCGUGGAGGCCGCGGCCGGUCUGGGUGUCGCUGCCUGA